AUGGAUAAAACCACUGACGAGGCCGUAUUUGUUGGUGUCAGGCUCCGGCCUUUCCUGGGCUACGAAACACGACAGCAAUGCCUAACGGCUUCUGGGAAGAUUAUCUCCGUAGUCGGAGAAUAUCCAGACAAGAAGAAAAGGGACUUUGCUUUCGAUUGUGCAAUGGACAGCACGGAUGCUUCAAAACCUGAUUAUGUGUCCCAAGAGAAGUGCUAUGAGAUGAUAGGACGCAGGAUGCUGCAGCACUCCAUUUCGGGAUAUCAUACGUGCCUGUUUUGUUAUGGGCAGACAGGCAGUGGAAAGACUUUCUCCUUCAUGGGCAAGAAAAGCGAGACGGAACAGGGGCUGUUGCCACGGCUUCUGCGGGACUUGUUCGGUCAAGUGGAAUCCGUGCGAAGUUUGGGCGGUCAUGUUCAAUGUCGUGCGCAGAUGCUGGAGGUUUACAACGAGAAAGUACGUGAUUUGCUUGAAGAGAAGGAAAAGCCCAAGGCGCCGGAGAUUCACGUACACCCUAAAGUGGGUGUCUACGUUGAUGGUGCCACCGAUAUUCAAAUUGAGACUCUCGAUCACCUUCAAAAGUUGCUGGAAGCUGGACUCUCCCGGGCGAGCGUCGCAGCGACAAUGCGCAACGCUCAAAGUUCACGUGGGCAUACAAUUUUCAGACUUCUCAUGGAAAACCAUGAGGAGGAUCACACCGUGGUUUCUUCCGAGGUUUUCUGUGUCGAUCUGGCGGGUAGAGAGAAUGAAAAGACGACGAAAGUAACCGGCGAAAACUUUGUUGAGCUAACCUUCAUCAACAAAAGCUUAAUGUGGCUGGCCCAGUGCAUACAAGGGCUUGGACGGCAGGCACGUCAACGCAGCAACUCAGAAGAGUUGGAUGGUCCGAGCCGUGCACGAUUCCGAAACUCUAAGCUUACACUGCUGCUGUCCAAUGCACUCACGGGGAAUUCCAAGACGUGCUUGCUGGGAACGCUGAGUCCAGCAGCCAUCAAUUUAGACGAAAGCUAUGUCACACUGAACUUCGCGAGCACUGUGAAGAGCAUCAAGGUCACUGCAAAGCGUGUUGCGAAGGUGGACAAGGACUCGCUCAUCCAAAGCUUGAGCGAAGAGCUGCGAAGCUUGAAGGAACAGCUGCACAACGCAACACCUCGAAAUGCUCAAGACCUGGAUUCUCAAGCUGGCUUCAUUCGCAACAUGAUGGAAAGCUACAAGGCUCGUUGGGAAGAGGCGCAGAAAAAUGCAGAUAUGCUGCGAAGGCAGAAGGACGAUGCCUUGCAAAAUCUGGCAAUAUCCAGGUGGAGAUUUGCUCGGGCUUCGCUUAAGAAUGAACUUCGCGACGAGGCGGCGGCGACAAUGGCGACAAGGCCAGAGGCGUCGAGCGAGUCGGCGCAGGCAGUGCAGGCAACACAGCCCGGCCAACCGCACAUGCAGUCAAUGCAGUCGCAUAGUCCUUCAAAGUGUCCCUCAAGUCCUUCGCCAAGAAGUCCGGACAAUAAGCACUUGGAAGCCAAUGAAGCCUCGGAACCAUCAAAUGACCGGGCUUUGCCUGACAGUGAUGCUUCCCAAGUUGAGAGCCUACGCUAUCAAGCCGCAAACUCUCUGGAGAUGGGUGCCUGGCUAAGUCAUUGGCGAACACCGGCAACCUCAGAGCGUUCCAUGUGGCCACCAAUACCUAGUUUGGUCAUCUAUUCCAAAGAUCCCAGCUUCAGUGGCCGUCUCGUAUUCCAUGCUGAAGAAGAAGGACGGCGCUACAUCCUGGGAUGUUCCUCGCGAUGCGACUUUCAGCUGCCACAGACUCCAGGCAUGUGUCCGGAGACAUGCCUUAUUUGGCAGGAAUCCGGGCGUUUGUUCGUCAAGCCGUUGGGGAUCAUUCUGCUCCCGUCGGCCGCCAUUGAAGUGAACGGGCUACGGCUAGUUCGUGCCGAAGCGAAGGAGCUGCUGCAUCAAGACUUCGUCGUACUUGGCCAUUCUUUCAGGUUUUUCGUCUUCACCAAGCCGGAUCCAACAGUGCAAGCCUUGCUUUUCAGUGGUCGCGCAGAAGAAGGUGCAAUCGAUGAGUCCACUAACAAUGCCAUCAGAGGCAUCAUCGCCGAGCGGGCCUGCUCUCCACUGGAGAUGGAGCGGGCCAGACGUUACUUGCGUGCUUUGGAAGAGGAUAUGGUGUCCAGUUGCUCAUCGAAAGAUGAUUUUUUGAAGAGUGCCAUGCUAGCACGAAAUAUGAUUGAAGAGGCGAAGGUCUUGUCCAAAGCGCUGAGACCACAUGAGAAUUUGAGCUACGAACUUCUCACUGCAUCCCCAGUGUUGUCUCUUCACGAGCUGGGGACGCCCAAUUUGUGCAUCCGCGUGCUGAAGAAUGGCAAUCCUGCUCCAGCAGAAGUUGCACUUUGGAGUUUCAGCACAUUUCAGAACCGGCUGAACCUCAUGAGACAUGCUUACAGUCUACGCGGCAGUCGUCCUACAACACCUGCUGCAGUCCAUGAUCCAUGGUGCGAGCUGACAGCUUGCUGCCAUUCAGGUUUGGCAAGUGCAGAAGCUCCCAAGGCUCAAUUGCCGUACCCGGUGGCCGUGAGUCCGCCGACUCCUACGACUGUCUAUCGGUCGCCUGUGCAGGUUGCGCCGGCAUUGAACCCACAGAACCCGCAAUGGAGGAGUCCAGCAAAUUGGACUUCCUUUGGACUUGCCUCCCACCCCGGUGUCCAAGCUGUCUCGGUGUCCUAUAGGGUCCCACAAAUUCCGGCGCCGCCGUCCUGCACAUCAUCUCCUCGAAUAGCUCGGCGAAGCGUGCAGGGAGUUGAACAAGCCCCGUCAGCUUCACCAUCGACACGGUUCCGUGAAAUCUGA